CAGCCAUCGUUGUGAGGUAAUUGGCAGUACUGGACAGGAGAUGGCGGUCUAAUGCUUCUUUCUGCAGGACAGACCAGCGUCAUCUGUUACUGGCACUGAAAUGGUUAAACUGGUGGAGUUGACUCGCUUUCUGUCGUUGUUUCGAGUCGAGACUCGAGUUGGGGAAAACAGCGGCAACACGGAGAUGCUGAGCGGAGGGUUUUUCUAAUCGCCCAUCGGUGUUCAAUGACAUGAACAGAUUUGCUAAAACACCAAGUUAUGGCAGGGAACCUCAGCUGCUACGAGUCUCUAGAUACUCCCGCCGCCGCAUAGAAAAGCCGCAUUGUUGAGCAAAAUCCUUGUAACCGUGAGCAGCAAUAAUGCGAGGCGCGGACAGCAGCAGCAGGUCUGCCGUGAUUGUGCUCUGCCUGCUGGGAUGCGAUUUAUGGACGGCGGCCGCUAAAACGCUGCAGGAGAACAGCGAUGCCAAAGAAGUGACUCUGAAGGUUCACCUGAGUGACGCUAGCACUCAUCAGCCUCUCGCUGGUGUCACCGUGGAGAUCUUCACUAACCACACUCCUGUUGCCUCGGAUAUCUCUGGUGCCGAUGGCAAUGCCUACAUCAGGUUCCCUUAUCGCCUUGGCGACCUUCUUGUAGUGACAGCAACCAAGCGUGGCUACGUACCCAACUCCAUUCCAUGGCGGCCAAGCAGGCUUCCCGUCUUCUCAUCUCUCAGUCUGGAUCUGCUUCCUGAGAGGGCUGCUACUCUGAUGGUGUAUGAUGACGUGGUGCAGAUUGUCUCUGGAUAUCAAGGUUCAAAGCUGCAGCCAUGGGUGCAGUUCCAGAGAAGAGCAUUGAGUCUUCCUUCUAAUGCAACCUACACCAACCUGACCGCCUUCCUCACAGUGAGCAGUUCAACACAAGACACGCAGUACUUCCCCUACCUGCAGGGGCUUCAUCCCAACUACACAGGCGUUGAUCAAAAGUUCGAGUUGACUCCUAUAGCUGCUAUCAGUGUUCAUCUUUUGGGAAGCGAUGGGGUGGAGCUUCAUGUCAGUGAGCCAAUCAGUGUGAGCGUUCCUCUUCCUGCAAACAGUGGCUUGAAAGAGAAUGAUCACAUCCCCGCCUGGAGGUUUGACCCUAAACUGGGGGCCUGGUUGAAGAGCAGCCUGGGAUACGUCCAGAGAGAGGGGAAACAGUUAACUCUCACAUACAUUGCCCCUCAGCUUGGCUAUUGGGUCGCAGCCAUGUCUCCCAUAAACACAGGCCCAGUGGUGGCGAAGGACAUUAGCACUUAUCACACAGUCUUCCUGCUGGCCAUACUAGGAGGCAUGGCCCUGAUACUGCUCUUCCUGCUCUGCCUGCUGCUCUACUAUUGCAGGAGGAAGUGUGCCCGCUUGCGACCUGCCCACAGGAAGUUCACUCUAUCCUCCACUUUAGAUGCCUCUAAACGAGACCAGGCUACUUCCAUGUCCCACCUGAACCUCAUCAGUGAGACUCACCUAGACCACAAUGGGGCAGAGCCGGACAUGCACACACCUAUGCUUAAACCCACCCCCUACGACUCUUCCACCAAUGAGCUUGCAGCUUCGCACAGCGAGCUCCAUAGUCGAGGAUCCAACCACUACAAACACUCAGUAGAGAUAUUUCCCCUCAAAUCGGCUUGUUCAAACAAUCCUUCCCAAGGUUAUGAUUCCCCGGCGGGACGUGGAGAGUACCGGCGGAGCUAUACGUCUAUUACGACUUCAUCCGUCCACCCCCUCCACAUGUCCAUCUCGUCCUCCUCGCCCCAUCCGUUGCAUCACACCACCUCUGCAGGACGACUGUCUUCAGAGAGUAAAUCAAGCUUGCGUAAUAACCGUCUCUCUCCUGUUUCAGUCGCAUCCACAAGUCCUGUUGGAUCCCCAGAGCGGGAGCAAGGAAUCGAGCGGCGGCCAGCUGACUACAUGCUGUCCCGCUCCGUAGACCAUCUGGAGCGUCCCACCCCACUUCCCCGACCUGGAGCCCUGCUCUGCUGCACCUCCGAAUUGCAAGUCAACCAUGGGGAAGAAACCUACCGCAAGGCUCGUCCCACCCUCGUCAUCCCCGCCCACUACAUGCGACUUCCAGGGACGCACCCUCUGUCAGGCCAAGCGCUGCUUUUGCAGUCGGACGAACAGAGCGAAUUGGAAAGCAUUCAGGCGGAACUCAGUGCGUGCCAUCAGCCCCAAGGCCGAGUCCCGCACCCGUGGGGCAAAGGAGAGCAGGAAGGAGGGAAGCAAGGGAUGGGGGACGACCGAGGUGGAGGAGUUGAGGAGUGGACGUUGCAGACGGCUGCUCUUCCUGCUGAUCUCUCCAUCCCCAACUCGCUCAGCCAAUCGGGCCUGGAUGUGGUGCAGAUGAACGGAGAAGAUCAGCUUCUGGCCGAAAAGACUUUGAUGGCGCUCCGGGGAGGAAAGCCACUCCCUCACCCCAGAGCUUGGUUUGUGUCACUGGACGGCCGCUCCAAUGCACACAUCCGCCAUUCGUACAUCGACCUGCAGAGGGCAGGAUGCAACAGCAGUUGUGUCGGAAGCAACGACGCCAGUCUGGACUCUGGGGUUGACAUGAGUGACGUGACACCAGGGCGGCGUAUUCGUGAUAAAGUCAGGGUUAAAACUGAAGCUGGGGCUCAGCCUGCGGUGCCCGUGGUGCCCGUGGUCGAAUAUACACCACUAACGUUUGUAGAGGACUCGAAUGCUAAUGCGGAGAGCAGCGGUAGCCCAACACCAGUCUGCAGCCCUGAAGAACACUCUCAAGGGGUUUUUUUGCAGGAAAAAGAGAGGGAAGAGGAAGACGAAGACGAAGGGACUUUGUCUCCCCCGUCGCCUCCACCUGAGCUUCCUUCUCCACCUCCUCUCCCUGAGCCUGUGGUUGAAAUGGUGGAGGAGACGGGGACAGAUAGCGAUGUUUUCAGGACUGAGGAGACUCAAAUGCACAUGGGCAGCAGCCGGCCAAACAACCUGGUCGUCCCUGAUGAUGGCGGUGAAGAUGAGAACAAGAAGAGUCCGUGGCAGAAACGAGAGGAGCGACCACUACUGGCCUUUAACCUAAAAUGACACGACAUGAAGGAUAGUUUACCAAAAAAUUUUUAAUUCUGUCAUCAUUUACUCAUCCUCAUGUCGUUCCAUACCUGCAUGACUUUAUUAUGUGGGAAACAAAUGAAAAUGUCUUUUUGUCCAUAAAGUUGAAGUCAGUGGGGUUCAAAUCUUGUGUUGGACCCUGUUGACUUUCGUGUUUGGACAAAAACAGUUGAAGGAUUCUUCAAAAUAUUAUGCGAUCUCUUGCAGAACAUAAAAGACGUCAUACAGGUUUGAAAUGCUGACAGAAGUCAUUUUUGGUGAACUGUCCCUUUAAGUGCUUCCCCUGUGGUCCCUAGCUGGACUGUUGAAUGGAGUUGCCUUAUGAGCGCAGGUCUGUGCGUGGCUGUUUGCCUGUGGCAAUGAAAGCCAAGAAAGCCAUAGCACAAUUGAAUAUUGGAGCAGCUCUGCCUCACAACUGAAUGAGGAUGAAAAAACUGAAGUUUUCAUGCAAAACAAACAAAACACCAUUAAAUACCAACAAUCUAAUGCACAACUGCUAUGGCUUUCCAGACAUACACUUUGAGCAAAAAAUAUCGCAAGCCAUUGUAAUGAAGGUGAAAUGUUGUUUAAGCUUUAUGAGAUGCUGCUGUUUUUUAGCAAUAUGACAUCUAGUGGCAACAUGUGUACACUGCAACUGCAACUACACCAGUAAGUGUUUCCCAGCACUUAUUUUUGAACAUUUUAUGAGAUGACUGGUGGAAUGUCUUCCGCAUCUUAAUGGGUAAAAAAACAAAAAAACAAAACCACUAUAAUGGGAUCUACUGUUUAAAUCACAACCAUUUUUAAUUUGAUUGUUAUCAUGCAUUCAUGAAUAGAAUACAGCUGAAGCUUUGUGAAACCAAAUAAGUUUACAUAAUGCACCAUUUGUUCUUGUUAAUCAGUCAUUUUGGCUGUUUUGAGCACAGAUUUUCAAAUGUGCAUUUCUUUUGACUUUAGGAUUACAGUAGGACUUUUGCCAACAUUGCUUCAGACCAGCAGACCCACCUGCUGAAGAAAAAAACACUAUGCAUUGCUUUAAACCGAAGGAUCAUGUAGCUUUAGAUGUCUCCUUUUUUUUAUUUUAACCACUGUAUUUUAAUUUGUUAUUUUAUGAUUUUUUUGGUUUGAACUUGCCUUAGCAUGCGAGUGAUGUGGACAGCACAUUCAGACGAGGGCUGGAUUCAACCGCACUCACUCACAUAAACACAGACAACCACCAGCUUUUCUCUCCCAAAUUGUUGUUAUUUUGUCUUAAGUGCCUUUCUAGUGAUCAUUUAUAUUCAUCAUUAGAUUUACUUUUCCUCUCCACCAUUAUCAGUUUGUGCCAUAUGAUUUAAUGUUUUUCACAAUAUACUGACUCCAUGUGGCAUUACCCCCCUUUGAUCUCAUUGUAUGUGUGUAUGUUUUAAUGUUGUAUCUGGAUAUGCAGUGGGGUUCGAAAGUCUAAAACCACACUAAAAAUCUGGGAUUUCAAUCUAUUUGAACCCUUUUAAGAUUUUGACAGAAUUGUAACAAUAGUUAAUGUAUAAUAAAUAUUUGAUUUGAUUUAGGUGACCAAUAAAAUAAGCAAAUUUGUUCAUGCAACUCAAUGUGUUGCUGUCAUUAAAGCAAAAAGGCGACUUUUUUUUCCCACUGCAACUUUACUUGUUAUACAGAAAGUAUUUGUCAUAGGAAAAAAUAGCAUCAAAUUUUUUAAAUUGUUUUUAUUUUAAAAAUACAUUUUUUGUCCAAUCAUUCUUACUAGUAAUCUGACUUUUGAAACCCCCUGUAUGUUCAGUGCAUUUUAUGAUUCUGGUCUAUUCUUUUGCCUUGUAUGUAUGUAUGUAUGUAUUGAAUGUAUGUAUGUACAUAUUCAUUCAUUCAUUCACCCAGUUGUUUAUGCUCGUGUGAGUGUGUUGCUUGGUGUAUCUGUGUGUCUGCUGUAGACAUAAUAUGCAGUGUGUGUAUGUGCUGAUGUAGGACUGAAAGCGACGUAUUAUUAUUUGAAAGCUGUUGAAAGUCUGGCUUGUUGCCAGGGUAACCACUUUGUAAGAAACCUUGUCACUCGGCUCUUCAGCAAUCUACUUUGAAUGUCUGGACUGGUUGCUUGUAUUAUAAUUCAGGCCUAUUAUCCCAAUAAAGCCAAAAAACCCGA